AUGGCCCUGAAAAUGAGGAGCUGCUUUCUUCUAUUAUUUGUGCUGCAGCUAACUUUAAUGAGCCAUGGUCAAGAUUUCUCCAUCUUUGUUGAGACAAACGAUCCAAGUAACAAGGAUAUAAGACUGACAAGAAUGGUUUUAGAUCCUAAUAAUGGUCGUUUGUAUGUGGGAUCGGUAAAUAGGCUUUAUAAAUUGACCAGUGAUUUGGAGACAGAAAAAAUUGAGUCAACGGGACCAAGAGAUGACAACCCCAAUUGUAUACCACCAGAUUUUGUACUGUGUCAUUCUACGCUUGUUUCAACGAACAAUAUCAAUAAGAUUCUAGUCAUUGAUACAGAUAAUAGUCAAUUGAUAACCUGUGGAAAUGUGUACAGAGGUUCUUGUGAAACAAGAGAUAUGGAUACAUUAGAUUUGAUAGAGUGGUAUGAUAGACAAGUAGCAACAACAGCUACAGAUGGAUCUACGGUGGCAAUAAUAGCUCAUGGUCCAAAUAAUGACAAUACUGGACUUGGUCCAAAUGUUUUGUAUGUUGGUAGAAGUGGUAUCCCUGGUGAGACUCGAUGGAUUCCUCUUUCUAGUCGUCUACUUCCAUCUAGUAACAAUGAGGAUUCAUUUUCUAUACUGAACGAUGAAAUUGGAAAUGCUGGAUUAGUACAAGUAAAGUCAGAUUUCUUUGGAGUUAAUUCUGACUUUAACAUUGAUUAUAUUAGUGUAUUUGAAAGCAAUGGUUUUACGUAUUAUGUAUCUGUCCAGCCCAAGAUAGACACCAUAACUAGUGGACCAUUCGUUACGAAAAUAGUUCAAAUUUGCCAAAGUUGUAACAAGUACAAGGAAACCUAUAUUGAUUUACCAUUGGUAUGCAAAAGCAGUGAUGGUGUUGAUUACAAUUUAGCACAAUCGGCAUAUGUAACUCAAGCUGGUGAUGAUCUCGCAGAAAAUAUGAACUUAGAUUCUAAUGACAACAAAGAUAUUGUAGUUGUGUCAUUUGCUGAAGCAGAAGGAACAUCAAAAAUACCAACAGACAAAUCAGCCGUAUGUAUAUACUCCAUCAAAAAAAUACGUGAAAAGUUUUUUGAUUGGCUUUACAUGUGUGCAUCGGAUAUAAAUCAACCAACUGGGUGUGCCUGGUCUUCCACCGCCUUGGAGGAUGUUUGUGGCAAUACCUGGCUGGCUGAUGUUAUUGGUGUUGAUUUGUGUGCUUGUCGUGAUUUUGGCAAAAUGACAUGUGGAACCCUGAAUAUAACUGAGACACCUUGUCAUACUAGCAGUGAUUCCAUGAUAACCGCUGUAGCUGCAUUGUCCCAUGCAGGUCAUACCGUUAUAUUCACAGGAAAUCAAGAUGGACACCUUAAAAAGUUGAAAGUGGUUAACAGCAAUUCAGCUUUGGAAUAUGAAAAUAUUAAAGUUGUCCAUGAUAACCCGGAAAUUGUACAAAAUGGUUUGCUAUUCGAUGCUGAAAAUAACAAUAUUUACGUCAUGAGUAAAAGACAGAUUACUAAGGUGCCAGUCGAGAACUGUGAGAAUUUUACAACAUGUAAUGAUUGUCUUGGAGUUAACGGUGUUGGCGAUCCAUACUGUGGUUGGUGUACGCUAGAAAACAGGUGCUCAAGAUGGAAUGUUUGCCAGGGUCACAUAGAUAGAUCUACUAAUAGAUGGAUUGCCGAUUUUCAAUGUCCAAGCGUUGAUGUUUAUCCGAGUACUGUGUAUUGGGAAAGAAUGGCUUUAUUGACGCUAAAUGUAACCAGUUUACCACAGUCUCUGACUGGAUUUAAAUGUGUAUUUGACACUAUUGGCACAACAAAUGCGACCCCGACUGGUGAAAGUAACGUCUUGACUUGUACUACUCCUCCACCGAGUAACAUACCGUCACCUGGAAGCAGAGGUUUCAUCAAAGUGAAAUUGUCAAUAUUAUCAGUAGAAACCAAUGAAAAGUUUGUCAGUACUAAUUUUUAUUUUUGUGAUUGCGACUCCUUGAAGACAUGCAUGACCUGUACUGAAAACAACUGUGGAUGCGAUUGGUGUGUUUUUGAAAAUAUUUGUUCUAAAGAUGUCAGUUCCUGUAAAAUUGAAGGUGUUGUCAGAGGCAAUGCAAAUGAAGCCAACAGUUCCCAGCAAUGUCCGCAAAUUAAGGAAAGUGCUGAAACGUUAAUUCCUGUUGAUUUGUCUGCAGAGAUCUAUGUUGUUGGAGAGAAUUUCCCACAGCCUUUGGAUGGGCAGACUGGAUAUGAAUGUAUUCUACAUAUAGAAGGAGCGGAAGUCAUUACCACAGGAGAACGAGAAAGCUCAGAGAGCAUUAAAUGCCGAAGCUUCAAGUACAUGUAUUCGGAAGACGUCAUCAGUAAAUUAGUCACCUUGCAGUUGAAAUGGAACAACGAUUUUGAAAUUGACAAUCCUGAUAACGUCCAAGUUAAUCUGUACAAGUGUGACGUUGGCCGUUCUAAUUGCGGAAAGUGUCAGCAAGCUGAGUUGAAAUACCAAUGUGGUUGGUGUAAUAGUGUAAAUGAGCAGAAAUGUACGGUGAUCAACAAAUGCAAUCCAAGAAAUUCUUGGCUGACAAGCGAGGAGAUUUGUCCUAAUCCAACCAUUACUAAAAUUAAACCAGAAGCGGGUCCUAUUGAAGGGGGCACCAGGCUGACCAUCAUGGGGUAUAAUUUAGGAAAGAAUGUGUCUCAUGUUAAAAAUGUUGAUGUCGCCGGACUAGGAUGUCUACCGCAGUCAGAUGGAUAUAGGAUUGCAGAACAAGUACAAUGUCUCACCAGCGCUAGUAAUGGUGUUCAUUCAGGUCAUGUUUCCAUAACUAUUGGAAAUAAUCUAAUGUCGUACAGUGGCGUUUCAACUGGUCAGUUCUCUUAUGUGGGCGAGGAUUUAAAUUUGGCAGUGGAUGAAAGCGAUGUUAGAGUAAUGAUUGGUAGUGAAUUUUGUGAAGUGAUUUCCUUGGCAUGGAAUCAGCUGACCUGUGUGCCACCUGCACAUCCGCCAAAUGGAGGAAAUGACAAAAGCGGGGCAGAAUUAUGGGUCACAAUUGGGAAUUCUCUAGAGUUCUUCAUAGGAUCUGUGAGUUAUGCUGAGGAAGAUCCACCCAUUGCAUCUUGGCUCAUUGCGAUAUUUACGUGUACACUAAUACUGCUUCUGUUAUUAUCACUCACGGCAUUGGCAACCUGCAUCAUUCGACGACAUUUUAAACAGCGUGGUUGUAACAUUCAGUCUGAUAUUGCUAUGACGACCGUAUCAGGAGACGUUUCUUCAGGUUAUGCCCAUUUAUAA